AUGAGAAGAAAACGUUUCCACGACGAUGAUUUUGCUUCAAAGAAGAGGGAUGUUUUACGACGGGGGCGGCGCUUGAACAGCCGUUUUUGUCGUCUUCUUCUUUGUCUUCUUUUUCUCCUCCUCGGCUUUGUUUCUGUUGAACAAAGCGGAUUAGAAGGCGGACGCUGCGCGUGGUGGUUGUGUGGUGCUUUCGCCGAAGACGAUCACUUUGGUGGACGACAUGAACAAAAAACAAACAAUCACGCGAUUCUCGUGGACGCGUCGCGCUUUUGGUUCAACUACCGCCACGCCGCGAACACGUUGGCUAUUUACAAAACGAUUAAACGAUUAGGUAUUCCGGACGAGAAUAUUAUCUUGAUGGUGGCGGACGACUACGCGUGUAACAGCCGGAACGUUCGCGCCGGGGAAGUGUUCACAGACGAUAGCGGGUACGAGAAUAACGUGUAUACGGAGGAUAUAGAGGUGGAUUAUCGAGGCGACGAGGUGACGCCAGCGAAUGUUUUGAGGGUAUUGUUGGACGCGCACUACUAUAACUCCGAGGAGGACGAGAGCGAUGAUGAUGACGGUAGCGUACUACUCAAUCUACCCAACUCGAAACGAUUGCGGACGGACGAAAACUCGAACAUUCUCUUCUACCUCACCGGUCACGGCGGUGACGAGUUUUUAAAGUUCCAGGACCAAAAAGAAAUCACCGCGAUGGAUUUGCAAAACGCGUUUACGAAGAUGCGCGAGAUGAAACGGUACAACGAGUUGUUGUUCGUCGUGGACACGUGUCAAGCUGGGACGAUGUUUAAAAGGUUUAACGGAUUGAGGAAUAUUAUCGCAGUCGCGUCUUCGAUGAAAGGUGAAAACAGUUACGCGCACGGGACGAGAAAUGAUAUCGGUCUGGCCGUUUCCGAUCGGUUUACGAGGUUCCUGUACGAGUAUUUGAAGAGGGACAACGCGGAGGAAAUCACGUUGAGAGAAGUUUUCCAAAGAGCGCAGUCACCGCAGAUUAGGAGUUAUUUGAUGAGUACCGUCCAAGUGGAUUGGUCCAACUACGUUGACGGACGACAGUUGGGCGAUGUGAAGGUUGGGGAUUUCUUUGCCAACGCUCAUAGUCGCCGCAAGAAGAGUCGUACUUUUAACGCUCAAAAAUCCAACGAAAAGGACGAGGAAGCGUACGCGACCAUUUUACCUGGAUUUGCAACGGCAUCAGCGUUUACAUCAGCAUAG